CCUCAUCCUGCGGGGAUGGCACUUCCCCCUGGUGCUGAGGCCGAGCCCCGGUCCCGAGUGCAGCCUCACGGCUGCUGUGCAAGAGGAGCCGUGCCAGGGAGACAAGGGAGACGGGUAAAUAGCCGCGCUUUCUAUUCGCUUCAAGUUGGCUUGAAUGGAUGCAAACCAUGCCUUACCUGCGUGUGGAGAAGAGCUGGCUGGGGACUCAAACGUCAGUGUGGUGGCCGUUAUCCCUGAAACCGAACUAGACAAGUAACACACAGUGACUCUUGACGAUGGAGGUGAUGACAGAAAUUGUGACUCUCUCCCUAGAAUCACAUGAGUCACAUAAACUCAGUCAUGCUCUGAGUUUGAGGGCAAAGAGAGUUUUGAAUAUAAAUCGUGGGAGAGGAAUCGGGCAACAGAGGAGGAAAGUAUCUUGCUCUAGUUCUUGGUAAAUCUAAAUGCCUCAUUUCUUUGUACUUCGUUUCUGUGGAACUUAUACAACUGUCUGUCAAUCUGACUCCAUGGACUUUCAAACACAGAAGUUAGGGAAAUUUUAAUUCAGGGCUUCAAUUUUAGUGUGUAUAUGAAACCUAAACUUAUGAACUGAAGACGGUAACUUUUAUUUGUGAUUAUGUUCAAGUUAAUUGAUCACCUUGGUUACAACCUUAAUGAUGACUGUAGGGAUGAAUCCUCGGGGCUUCAGGAUGAACAGGAGGUACCUGUCUGCCUCUCUUGAGACCUGCAGGUCCUUCUGGACUCAGAGUCCACUCAGGAAACGUGGGGCAGUCACCGUGUGUGUGGAACCAGGAGACUGGAGAGGUUCUGCAAGUUGUGAGCUGUGGCACUUUUGAGAGUAAGCAUGGGCACCAAGACGACAAGAACAAGACUCAAAGUGUCUUGUGCAUGCUAAGGUGUCUGAUGACUCUGCUAGGAGGGCUGUGGAAGGAGGAGAGAAGGGCAGAGGGGGCUUCACAUUAGAGGGACGCUAUUCCAGGAUCCGGUAUCCAGGACCCAGGCACACAGGGCACGUUGCUCAUGGUGUGGUUGCUCUCCACGUGCAUGUACUUCUAUAGACUGUUAACCCCUCUGGAUCACGAAUUAAAACCUGUUUUACAGUGAUCUGCUGCUCAGAAGAGGAGCGAUGAACUCCUCAUUCCACCUGCACUUCUUGGAUCUUGGGCUGAAUGCCACGGAUGGCAACCUCUCAGGACUGAGUGUCCGGAAUGCGUCCUCACCAUGUGAGGACAUGGGCAUUGCGGUGGAGGUGUUCCUGGCCCUGGGUCUCAUCAGCCUGCUGGAGAACAUCCUAGUCAUUGGGGCCAUCGUGAGGAACCGGAACCUGCACACCCCCAUGUACUUCUUUGUGGGCAGUUUGGCAGUGGCCGACAUGUUGGUGAGCUUGUCCAACUCCUGGGAGACUAUUACCAUCUACCUGCUCGCCAACAAGCACCUGGUGAUGGCCGACGCCUCCGUGCGGCACCUGGACAACGUGUUCGACUCCAUGAUCUGCAUCUCCGUGGUGGCCUCCAUGUUCAGCCUGCUGGCCAUCGCUGUGGACCGCUAUGUCACCAUCUUCUGCGCCCUGCGCUACCAGCGCAUCAUGACGGGGCGGCGCUCGGGGGCCAUCAUCGCGGGCAUCUGGGCUUUCUGCACCAGCUGUGGCACGGUCUUCAUUGUGUACUAUGAGUCCACAUAUGUGGUCAUCUGCCUCAUUGCCAUGUUCCUCACCAUGCUGCUCCUCAUGGCGUCUCUGUACACCCACAUGUUCCUCCUGGCUCGAACCCACAUCCGGCGCAUCGCCACCCUGCCUGGGCACAGCUCUGUGCGGCAGAGGACUGGCGUGAAGGGCGCCAUCACCCUGGCCAUGCUGCUGGGUGUCUUCAUCGUGUGCUGGGCCCCCUUCUUCCUCCACCUCAUCCUGAUGAUUUCGUGUCCUCAGAACCUCUACUGCUCUUGCUUCAUGUCUCACUUCAACAUGUACCUCAUCCUCAUCAUGUGUAACUCUGUGAUUGACCCUCUGAUAUACGCCUUCCGCAGCCAAGAGAUGCGGAAGACCUUUAAGGAGAUUGUUUGUUUUCAGAGCUUCACAACACCCUGUAGGUUCCCGAGCAGGUACUAAACUAAAAGUCCUUCUCUCUGCAGCUCUUCUCUCCUUCAUCGCCCUUAUGCCAAGGUGGGUUAGAAAGAGUCGGAACUGGAAAUUACACCAUGCGUUCCCUUCAUCUUUUCUCCACCUCGAAUCUGUGUCUAAGAGGCAGCUUUUCCCUGAUCGGCAGUCGUUGGGCCAAAGGUGCACGUGCCACUUCUCUGCCUUGAGAAUGCCCGUGACAGUUUCUUACAGCCUGCUUUCCUCCUGCACUUUCUGCCGUUCCCACCCACUUCUGGGGUCCCCGGCACCCUCCAUCUUCUGAGUGUGUCCUCAGGGAAGGUGACACUCCAUGAGCAAGUCUAAGCAUGAUGAGUGUGGCUGGACCUGGGAGAAAAGCUGUGAACACACUACGGUGCGUGAUCACUUUCUGUCCCAGAAGCAGUUCCCUAACUUUUUGUGAUGCCCCUGGGAGUUCGGCAUGCUUUUUGGGGCAGAGUAGAGCGAUUAGAUUCUUUCCAUUUGAAAUUUUCUGUCUAAUUGCUGUGGGAAUUUUCCACAGCUCUCCUUUCCUGAACUCCUGGUUUCGUGGCUUGUGUCCAUGAUUGUACAGGGAUGACAUUUCUUUAAUUAUAUUUCUGUCAAUCAUGUUUUUGCACUAAUCCAGACAGAAAACCUCUUGCCACAAACUUUGCCUUACAUGGCAUGAACAUCUUUGUGACUCUUUCUUACUGUCUUAUUCUGACUUGGUCCAGAGUUUCCAAGUGAGUGUUUUGGGGGCAUGGGGGACCCCGAGGUACCUGCCAUGAACACACCCCACAGGCAAGCUAUCUUUGACCUUCUCUGACGGGGUCUGUCUUGGAGUCUGAAGCCCUGAUCCUGUACAGUCUGCAGUUUGCAGCCUGACUCCAGAAGUCCAGGUGCCCAGCACUAGCCCCGCUAAGUCAAAUCUUUUCCAGUGCAGAAUGGACUAGGAAAGUGGAGUUCAGUCCUAACUCUGCCCCUAAUGGGCUGCUGCUGCUGCUAAGUCACUUCAGUCGUGUCCGACUCUGUGUGACCCCAUAGACGGCAGCCCACCAGGCUCCUCUGUCCAUGGGAUUCUCCAGGCAAGAACACU